AUGCUUAUCAUUAGUCUACUUAGUUUUGUCGAUAAAUCUACUAUAAAGGGAUGCAAACAUACGGAUUAUUUAAUAAAGUAUGGAUACCUGACACCACAAAAUCCUCAGACUGGUGCCUUAAGAACAGAAGAAUCGGUGUCGUAUGCUUUGAAAAGAUUACAGAGAAUGGGUGGAGUCAAUGAAACUGGAAAGUUAGAUGAAGCUACUAAACAUCUGAUGACGUUGCGGCGAUGUGGUGUACCUGAUAACGUUGGGAUGGGUAUUGGUGCCAGAAGGAAACGAUACGCAUUACAAGGAAGUAAAUGGGCUAAAAAAGAUUUAACAUAUCGAACAUCAUCCUACCCACGUGGUCUACCAACACACCAAGUUGAUGAUCAGGUGUACAAGUCACUAGAGAUUUGGUCGAAAGUAACCCCAUUGACCUUUACAAGAAAAGACUAUGGAAAAGUAGACCUUGAUAUCAAGUUUGCAAGACGUUCUCAUGGUGAUGGAAAUCCUUUUGAUGGUCGAGGAAGAACGCUUGCUCAUGCUUUCUUUCCACAAUAUGGAGGCGCUGCUCAUUUUGAUGACGAGGAACCUUGGAGUAUAGAAGUUCCUGAUGGUGUAAAUCUAUUUCAAGUUGCAGCUCAUGAAUUUGGUCAUUCAUUAGGACUAGCACAUUCAGACGUGAGCACAGCUUUAAUGGCACCGUUCUACAGAGGUUAUCAGAAAUAUUUUGAAUUGAGUCGAGAUGAUGUGGGUGCUAUACAAGAGCUUUAUGGAACCAAGUCAUCCAAUAAACCUAUCAAACCACCAACCAGAGAUCCCACGUUACGUGUACCUAAGAUAUGCCUAGAUUCUACUGUCGAUGCUGUAGCUAGACUUACUGAUGGCUUAACGUAUAUGUUUAAAGGAAAGCAUUACUACAGAUUAAAUGGGUAUGGAAUUGACCCUGGAUAUCCUCGCGAGAUCUCGUGGGAUUGGGCGGGAUUAGAAGGACCAAUAGACGCUGUUGUUCAUUGGGAUAAUGGAUUUACAUACUUUUUUAAGGGCGAAUUUUAUUAUAAAUUUCACAACUUCCGCUUAAUAUAUGCCAAGUUAAUCACUGAAGGAUUUCGAGGUAUACCUAAUGAUGUAGAUGCCGUGUUUGUAUGGGGUGGUAAUGGUAAAACAUAUUUCUUCAAAGGAAAUGAGUACUGGAGGUACACAGACAGAAAAGUUGAUUUCGGUUAUCCUAAGCCAUUAACAGUAUGGAGGGGUUUACCUGCAAAAAUUGAUGCAGCAUUUAAAUGGAGGAAUGGUAGAACGUAUUUUUUCAGUGGUGCAAAUUAUUACAGAUUCCAUGAUAAUAAGUUUAAGGUUGAUGAAGGUUAUCCAAGAAACAUUGGAAACUGGUGGUUAGGUUGUCCUGAUAAAACAGAAAACCUACACCAGGGUGGAACUGGUGUAGAAGACGGCAAUAUGAGGCAGCAUACACCGAGUCUGGAAUCAGAUGUCAAUCAGGAUGACGAACUGGUGCUCGUGACGCAAGCAGACGAUAAUACCAGCGAUCAACCAAUCAGUGCUUCAGUGAAUUUAAAAAUAAACUUUUUGAUUUUAAUAUUUUCACUUUUCAUAAAUCUUGGAAGUUGA